AUGUUCGGGCCCUACGGGGGAACUCCGGACUACGGGAUGGAGAGCAGUCUCUCCUACCCGAACAACAACUACUGGUUCGAAAAUGCCUAUUACCACCAGAUGAACCCACCGCUACCACCACCACCAGCACCACCAGCAGCAGCACCCUCAGCUUUCAACAUCCCCCUCUCGCCGCCCUACAGCCACGCGUCGUCGGACAGCCAAAGUAGUCCCUGCAGCAGCGCCGAGUCGAGCUACUCCCCGCAAUCCUUGAGUCCCACUGCCACGACGUACCCGCCCCUCCAGCCCUACUACCCCAAGAUGCUCGUCGAAGGCCCGGCGUCCGCCAACUCGCGUCGCGUCGUGCGGUGCGCGUGCUCCUACUGCGGCACCGGCCGCGACGUCAAGAACAGCAAGGGCCAGCGGUUGCACGCCUGCGACUGGGUCGGCUGCGGCAAAAUCUAUCCCAAGACCUCCCACCUGAAGGCCCACAUUCGCACGCACACGAAUUACCGGCCGUUCGUCUGCCGGUGGGACAAUUGCUUCAAGAGUUUCAGCCGCAGCGACGAGCUGAAUCGGCACGCGCGCAUACACUCGGGCAUCAAGACCCACAUUUGCCAGAGCUGCGGCAAGGGUUUCACGCGCAGCGACCACUUGCAGAAGCACAAGAAGACCCACGAGAACCAGAAGAGCAGAAAGGCCAAGAAGGAUGGGGCGGCCGGUCGGGACAAUAAGGGUAGUUGUUGCCCGUCCACGGCUGGAUCUUACGUGCCUAUGCCUCAGGCACCGAUGCAGCAGCAGUACGGUCAGGCGCCCGUGACACCCGCCCAGUUGACAGUGCCGAGUCUCAAUGAACCGUACAGUGUAGCCCAGCCAUCUCAGUUGCAACAACAACAACAACAACAACAACAACAACAACAGUCGCUGAUGCAGCUGCAGUUCACGUGCGUGACUUACCCGAACAAUUAUUACCACUAUUAG